UUAUCACCUCCAUUUGCGGUGCGAAUAUAACGCGGAGGCCUUUUUCACGCGUUCGUCUUCGUCCUUGCAAUUUUGGAGUCCACAUUUGGCCAUUCCUUCCGAUCACUGCCUGUCUCUGGCAGGCAAUCAAACCCUCUCUGAUCAUAAAAAUUUGAAAAUGCGUAAGUGCAUGCUUGUUAAUAGGGAAUUGGCAUUAGGGGCGAUUAACAACAUAAUAUAUGUUUGGUUUGUAUGACAAGGGCUUCUGAAUGAAAGUGUUUCAAUUCUUGAUACGAGAAUUUGUACUGCCGAAGGUGUUUCUUGUUCCUUGAGUUUGGUGUCGGAGCUUAUUCACAGGGGAUUGGAGAAUUAUAUACAUAUCCUCUUGAACGGGAAUGGCAGCAGGCGCCGGCAGUCAGAAAAGCUUAAGAAAAGCGUUGAAAACAGUUGGAUUGGCGAAAGCCAAUGGUGAUUUCAAGGCACUGGACAUUGCCAUCGCCAAGGCCACAAAUCAUGAUGAACUACUGCCCAAGGAGAAACAUGUUAUAACUAUAUUAAAUGCAGUGUCAGCUUCAAGACCUCGCGCUGAAGUUGCGUAUUGCAUCUUUGGUCUUGCCAGGCGUCUUUCUAAGACCCACAGUUGGAAGGUAGCACUGAAAACUGUGAUUGUUGUGCACCGCGGGUUGAGGGAAGUUGAUGAUACAUUUUGCGACUCGCUAGUCAAAUAUAGCUGGAGUAGAGGUCAUAUGCUGGAUUUAUCUCAUGUUUGGGAUGAAUCAAGUACAAGUGCAUUGGGUUAUUCUGCCUGGGUGCGGACAUAUGCAUCAUAUCUUGAAGAGCACCUUGAAUGUUUCCGCGUAUUGAAGUAUGACGUUCAGAAAGAUCACUCGGUACGCAGUUUGAAUAAAUCAUUAUGUAAACCCAAGGAACUUGACACCACAGACUUACUAAGGCAAUUACCCGCUUUGCAACACCUUCUUUCUCGCCUUCUUGAUUGCCAGCCAGAGGUGGGAACACUAUAUAAUGUCUUGAUUCAAUAUGCCCUUUCAAUGGUUGCAGGUGAAAGUGCAAAGCUGUAUGCUGCAAUUAAUGGUGGUAUUGUCAAUUUACUUGACAAGUUUUUUGAGAUGCAGCGAGAUGAUGCAGUUAAAGCACUUGAAAUAUAUAAGAAGUCAGGAAGUCAGGAAGAGAGGUUAUCGGAGUUCUUUGAGAGCUGCAGGAGCCUUAAUUUUGGACGGGCACUGAAAUUCAUUAAAAUUGAACGGCCCCCUGCAUCAUUCUUGACUACCCUGGAAGAUUAUGUGAAGGAGGCUCCCUGCAGUACAACGCUUCAAUGUACACCGACCGAUGAUGAGCAAGAUUCUGCUCCCAAGGAAGUUGAGACGAUAGAAGGUGAUUUGUUAAUUGACCACAAAUCAGAUGAUAAUAAUAGUGAACAAAAAUCAAAUGAAGGCCGCCCAAAGAGUGAGAGUGAGGCUGCUGCCACAUCACAUGUUGUUGACCUCCUGAGCUUCGAUGAUUUAACUCUGGCAACAUCAGAAUCGGAUGAGAAAAAUUCCCUCGCACUUGCAAUCGUUGAGCCUGAUUCCAAACCAGAAUGUCUGAAUACGACAAGUGCGGAGGAGUCCAGUUGGGAGGUGGCACUUUUUACAGCACCAAGUUGCCACGCAGCUGCAGUUACAGCACCAACUUCUAAUGUAGUUCCAGUUGAAGAGAUAAAGUCGGGUGUUGGGCUGGACAGGUUGACACUGGACAGUCUGUACGAUGGUGCAAUCACAAGUACACAAAAUCAGAAUAAUAACGUGAUGUACUACCAUAGACCGAUGCCGUCUAAUCCUUUUGAUGAUGUUGUUGAUCCUUACCAAUUAGCCUCCCCAUUUCACCCAACCAACAUGCAGAUGGCUAUCAUGCCCCAACAAGUACAACAAGGCCAAGUACCAUUUUAUGAUUCGUAUAGCAAUGCACUUGCAAUACCGCCAACCAACAUGCAAAUGCCUCCUUUCAUGCCUCAACAACAAGCUUUCACUAUGCAGCAGCAGCAACAGCAGCAGUUAGCCAACAUCAGCCAUAACCCCACAAAUUCUUCCAGCAAUCCCUUCGCUAUUGAUCAGAGUUAUUCACAACCACCUUCAGAAUUCUUGCAAUGGCAUGGUUUAGUUGAUCCCCCAAAAGAAGUUGAGCAUUUCUGAUUUCUGCCCCAAGCAAGGUUUGAGUUUUGGAGUGGAAGAGCAGCGGCAGUCCGAGUCAUGAAAAUUUUUGGUGUAAAAUAGCAGCCAUUUCAGUUCAUAUUUUAGGCACUACUUGUGCUGCAGGUUGAGAUGUGCUUCGACAGUAAAUGACUUCUCUCUCUCAUUUUCUGCUCUCC